AUAGGCACCAUGAAGCAACGUAAUGACUACGAUUACGCUUACGAUUACUCGGAAAUGACGAUAAAACCGCAGAACGGUACAACACCAAAACCGUUAAAUGCUAACACAACGAUUUCUACAACAGUGCUGUUAGAACAGACUACAGAAGGUAUAAGGAGUAGUACUGGUGUCGCUGUCGAAGUAACCGAGGCAGCUCCUAACCAACCGGCAAACAAUAAUGUUGUCACUACACCUCAGGCGACAGCGGAUAUCCUCACGACAAUAGCUCCAGAUUCUUCAAAUAAGGCAAAUAUCACCACUGCUUUACCAAUAGCAAAUAAAUGCAGAAGAGGAUUUGUUCAGAAUAAUGAUGGAAAAUGUGAAUAUAAAGUGCAUGGUACAUCGAAUGCAUUACGUAGAAUCGUAAAACUCGCUCAAAAAAUCAAAAUAGGUAGACAGUUUGGAGAAUCUCAAGACUGAUUGAAGAUGAAUAUUAUUUCAAAGAAAAUUGACUUUAUAUUUUAGAGACCAUAGGAGUGUCUUUAUAGUCUCUAAAGUCUUCUAAAAGUAAGGUAUUAAUUAGAUAUACAUACUUUAAGACUCAUAAAUUUUCCUUGGAUGGAUUAAUGUUGUAUAUGAUGUAGAAAAUAAUACUACCAAUAUGUGAGACUGUCAACAAUAAAAAUGAUUCUUUUUUUAUUUAUAGUUGUAAUUUAUUUUGUCAAUCCAACACAAACAAGAUUUUAUCACCAUUUUCUCCCAAAAGUCAACAAUUUAUACUAUUGAAACAAUUAUAAGUUUUAAUGUUGCAACAUUACAACAUGGUACACUUCUUCAUAUAGGCGCACAAAAUUAAUUAAUUAUUAUAAAAUAGGGAAUGUAACAGUACACAAGGUUGAUGAAGGAAGAAAACAUGUGUUGCAAAAUAAACUCAAGUUAUUUAUUUACAUAAAGUGCAUAUGAUCAGCACAUAAUGUGUGCGCAUAAUGAAGUAUUUUAUUAAUAUUUCAACAUGGGACGGGUACUAGUAAUUUUGCAUUUGUUGGCUUUGUACUAUCACCGUUGAGCUUUGAUAUCAAGUGCUUUAAAAUAAUGUCAAUUAAAGUUAUUGAAAUGAAAUAAUACCCACAAUAAAUAAACAUAUACUAAACAGCAUACAAUCACACCAAAAUUAUAUAUUAAAGUAUAAUCACACAGAUUAUAGUUUACAGAGGCAGAAUAAAAGUGGAAUGAAAGCACCUAUAGUUAUAAAAACUGGGAUCAGCACUGAACUCUCGUCCAUAGAGUAUGGAUCAGGUUGUUUAGGGCCACUGGCACGCUUUGACUUAGAACUCUUUUCUUCUACUUCAUCUCUCGGUUCUUCAGUUUCAUUUUCUGGCCACACCAAUGGGGGCAGUUUAGGCACUUCAUCAAUUGUGCCUCUCAUUACAUACAAUGCAUUGAUUUUAGGAUUAUCUCUGUAUCCCUUAAUGAAUUCUACCUUUAUUUUCCCACCUCUUAUGUCAGACUCUUCCUCAUUGUAAUACAAUUUACCAUUUUUAAUUGAGUAAGGGAUAUACUCGUCAUGUGCGACACCACGACCUACUUUGUCAAAAAUGUCCAAGUCCGCUACAAUAGUAUGAUCUCCGUUUAAAACCACGUCAAAUACUUUCAUGUUAGGGGCAUUGAAAUACACUUCACUGAACUUAAGCACAAGCACAUAGUCGCCGUCUCUGUUCGCAGGAAUAUCGUAGCCAAACGUGCUGUGGUGAUAUCGCUCAGUUUGAUACAAUAUUUCAUCUUUUGUGUUAACUCUACCGAUCAUAACCAGUUGUUUACCAUAAUCAGAAGCCGUGCCUAUUCUUCCUUGUAGAGGGUCCUUUUCAUAGUGUAUGCCAUAGAUGUCCGUGUGGGACGGACCGCCUGCAUUGAUCGCGUAAAUUAUUUCACCUAAGCCAGUCGCACUUUUUAAAACAGAAAAUAUAGAAACGAUGUAAAACAUCAACUGACACAUCUUGUAUGACAACUAUAAUCUUCAGAAGUUGAAUAAUAAUGAACCACUUUCCAAUAGCUAAAUCAACUGACUUUAAUUAUUGAAUUCUUUGAUACAUUAUUAAUUUAUUUAAAACUUUCUUUUUAUCGCUGAAAAUUGACACAGUAACUAACAGCCGGCAAUCGGUAAACCAUGCCAUGCAUGCCA